UUCUGAGAAGCACAUCUGAGAAAUGGUGCUAUGAUUUAUGGAAGCCAUGGAAGGUGACAUGGAGAUUAGAGUCCAAACCUACCUCAAAACAACAGGUUGACCUUUCAUUUUACAUUUAAUUAGAAAACAAAGAGAGGUCCUUCCACAAAAUCCAGGAGUAAAUUAAGCUAUGGAACAUUUAGAAUUUAAGCAUCAAGAAAAGAUCAGAAGCUGGGACUUCUCUGGGCCUUAAAAUGAACUAGUUUCUUCUACAUUGGGAUUUAGAAGUUAAAGACUAAUGACUUUACUCAGUCAGGGUUAAAUGUCAAAGAACGAGUCUUCCAGGGAAGAAAUGGUUAAUGGUCACUGGGGUUGGAAGGGUGGUGUUAGAGAAGUGAAGGUAGGUACCCAGGGAAGGUCAUCUGGUGUCAGAGCUACUGACAGGCUUAGGGGCUUACCCGCAGGCUCCUGAGAUAACCAAGUAGAAAUUCACAAAACAUGGGAAGGAAACAGCCAUGGUUCUUGCCUAAGGAGAGAAAAGGGACAUCAAAGGCCAAAGAUGACACUGAUGAUGUCUUUAACUCCAAUAAUUACACAACGUCCAAACAAACAGUGACCUUGGGCUCUCGAACCAAAUGACAAAAGUCAGUAGGACAGUUUGUGAUGUCUUUGUCAUCAGAACACUGGGUAGGUAAACUUUAAAGCCCCUGACAGCUUUUCCUCUGUGGUAUAGCAGGACUAUGAUGGAAGACAGAGCUCACUCCAGCACUACGUGACCAGCACGUUCCUGGAGCCGAGAGAAUGGUCAGUGCCAACAAUAUGCCCAAGCAGGUGGAAGUGCGAAUGCACGACAGUCACCUCAGCUCGGAGGAACCCAAGCACCGGCACCUGGGCCUGCGCCUGUGUGACAAGCUGGGGAAGAAUCUGCUGCUCACCCUGACGGUGUUUGGUGUCAUCCUGGGAGCAGUGUGUGGAGGGCUCCUUCGCCUGGCAUCUCCCAUCCACCCUGAUGUGGUUAUGUUAAUAGCCUUCCCAGGGGAUAUACUCAUGAGGAUGCUAAAAAUGCUCAUUCUCCCUCUAAUCAUCUCCAGCUUAAUCACAGGGUUGUCAGGCCUGGAUGCUAAGGCUAGUGGCCGCUUGGGCACGAGAGCCAUGGUGUAUUAUAUGUCCACGACCAUCAUUGCUGCAGUACUGGGAGUCAUUCUGGUCUUGGCUAUCCAUCCAGGAAAUCCCAAGCUCAAGAAGCAGCUGGGGCCUGGGAAGAAGAACGAUGAAGUGUCCAGCCUGGAUGCCUUCCUAGACCUUAUUCGAAAUCUCUUCCCUGAAAACCUUGUCCAAGCCUGCUUUCAACAGAUUCAAACAGUGACGAAGAAAGUCCUGGUUGCACCACCGCCAGACGAGGAGGCCAACGCAACCAGCGCUGUUGUCUCUCUGUUGAACGAGACUGUGACUGAGGUGCCAGAGGAGACUAAGAUGGUUAUCAAGAAGGGCCUGGAGUUCAAGGAUGGAAUGAACGUCUUAGGUCUGAUAGGGUUUUUCAUUGCUUUUGGCAUCGCUAUGGGGAAGAUGGGAGAUCAGGCCAAGCUGAUGGUGGAUUUCUUCAACAUUUUGAAUGAGAUUGUAAUGAAGUUAGUGAUCAUGAUCAUGUGGUACUCUCCCCUGGGUAUCGCCUGCCUGAUCUGUGGGAAGAUCAUUGCAAUCAAGGACUUAGAAGUGGUUGCUAGGCAACUGGGAAUGUACAUGGUAACAGUGAUCAUAGGCCUCAUCAUCCACGGGGGCAUCUUUCUCCCCUUGAUUUACUUUGUAGUGACCAGGAAAAACCCCUUCUCCUUUUUUGCUGGCAUUUUCCAAGCUUGGAUCACUGCCCUGGGCACCGCUUCCAGUGCUGGAACUUUGCCUGUCACCUUCCGUUGCCUGGAAGAAAAUCUGGGGAUUGAUAAGCGUGUGACUAGAUUCGUCCUUCCUGUUGGAGCAACCAUUAACAUGGAUGGUACAGCCCUUUACGAAGCGGUGGCCGCCAUCUUUAUAGCCCAAAUGAAUGGUGUUGUCCUGGAUGGAGGACAAAUUGUGACUGUAAGCCUCACAGCCACCCUGGCAAGCGUCGGCGCGGCCAGUAUCCCCAGUGCCGGGCUGGUCACCAUGCUCCUCAUUCUGACAGCUGUGGGCCUGCCAACAGAGGACAUCAGCCUGCUGGUGGCUGUGGACUGGCUGCUGGAUAGGAUGAGAACUUCAGUCAAUGUUGUGGGUGACUCUUUUGGGGCUGGGAUAGUCUAUCACCUCUCCAAGUCUGAGCUGGAUACCAUUGACUCCCAGCAUCGAGUGCAUGAAGAUAUUGAAAUGACCAAGACUCAAUCCAUUUAUGAUGACAUGAAGAACCACAGGGAAAGCAACUCUAAUCAAUGUGUCUAUGCUGCACACAACUCUGUCAUAGUAGAUGAAUGCAAGGUAACUCUGGCAGCCAAUGGAAAGUCAGCCGACUGCAGUGUUGAGGAAGAACCUUGGAAACGUGAGAAAUAAGGAUAUGAGUCUCAGCAAAUUCUUGAAUAAACUCCCCAGCGUAUCCUAUGGUAAAUGAUGAUAUAAACAAGCUUUCUUUAAAAAGGAAAAAAAAUGCAUAUAUUUCUAUGUUUACUUAAUCUGUUAGCCGAGGCUUAGAGGAGCUCUUGUGAGUCAGUGAUGACAGGCACGGUGCUGUGUCUUUGCCAAAUAAUGCUUUAUAACCGUCUAAUUUUCUCACUUGUAUUAUUAUUUGAAUGGAUGCUGCUGGAGGAAUCAGUUUGAAUUGAAGACACAUUCUUGCCAGCUUCCCUUUUCUCCCAAGAUGCAGAAAUGUGGAUGCUCUUUUCCCAGGGGACAUGAGUAAAGCAGUGUGGUACACUCCAGGGACUUGGGAAAAUGAGCAAACACACAGUGUGUUAUUCCUUAAAGUGUUCUCCAUGUCUCGCCUUGUUAUGCACAAGAGAUUCUAUUAAAAGCCUCUAGAAGUAACUCCCCUUAAAACGUCUAGUAAAGUUUGCACAUGGGUUGAUUAAAAGCAAAUACCUGUCUUAGGGAAUUCUGACAAUUUAUCUUCCAUAUGCUCUUUAAGUAAAAUGUUUCAAAGAGAGUUUUAGAGGGAGCCAUGCUCUUAAAGGCAGUUGAUUAAAGAACCUGUUACGUCUCCGCCUUACCCUGUGUAAUCUGUGAGAACAAUGGUUGAAAUUUCAAAGUAUGUUUCAUUAUUCUUUCUAAAUUUGAUAAUUGAUUAGGAAGUAUUUUAUAUAUAACCACUGUACAUAUUGACAAAAGUAAGAGAGCACAGUCAACAUAAAGUUUAACCGGAGUUAAAUAUUCAAAUUUAUUUAUGUUUGGUUUGCCUUCACCUGGUGUAGUAAAAUCAAGUGAGAUUAUUUGGUAUGUGUUUUGCUUUGUUUAACCCAAAAGAUUAUUUUUUGUUUCCUAAAGAAAAAGAUAUUUUUAAUCUGUCGAUUAUUUCAGUCAUCGUCUCAUCAUCCUAGAAAGCCUGGUCGUUUUACUGUCCUCACACAUGGAAGACACUUGUGUUGGCUGUGCCUCUUUUAAUGUCAUCUCUUGAUGAAACAGAAAUACUGGUAUUUAUCCAAUAUGUUGAAAGCAUUUUGUUAUCUUCUAUUAAAGCACAUAAAACCAGUUAUAGGACACAGUUGGAAGCAGAGCCAGUUUUCCUUCUCAAUCUUCUCAGUAGAAAGGAACAGAAAACAAACAUCUGUGCAAAACCCUAUAAAAGUGACAUUCCUAUGGCAGAGUCCAGGCAGCCUUGAACCAUGACAUAGCAACAAAGGAUGGCUCUGUACCACUUCACAGAUGGAAUCUUGUUUAAGGCUGUGAAGUUUUAAGGAAUAAAUAAUAUAAUUGGUGUAGCACAGUGCCUUGCAUGCAGUAGUCAGCCAACAAAUCCUUAAUGAUUGGUAAUGCAAGCUAAAUUUUUUAAUGUCUCUACUAUCCUUUUUUAUUUGAUAAUGCACAGUAUUUUCCUAAGGUUGCUGGGUUUGGGAGUAAGCUUGGGACUUGAAUCAUUGAGAAAUAAAGCACAUUUGACUCUAAGAAGUAUGUAGAACCUUGUUUAUAGGUGAGAGUAGGCUGUAUUAUAUGAAACCAGCGGAGGGAUGCUGAGACAGUCAUGGUUUAUAGAACCCAAAUUCUCUGAGAUGAGGGUGCUCAUGGACCUCAAAUAGCCUUUCUUAUCUGCUCCUUGUGACUUCUCUCUUUUAAAUCAGAUACCUUUGAAAUAUACAAGAGAGAUGAGAUUCCAGUUGUUUUUGUCUCCUAAACCCUCGUUAUUUUUGGAUAAGGAUCACUACUGAACAAUAUUAGGCAACUUUUCAGUUUUGCUUUUCAAGUGACAUUGGUCUUUACUUCCAGUAGAUGGGCAGUUAACAGGGUGGUCAAGGGAUGUGAUUAAGUGUAGUAGUAGAAAAUGCAUUCUUUUUUUGUUUUUUUUUUUUUUAGACGGAGUCUUGCUCUGUUGCCCAGGCUGGAGUACAGUGGCGUGAUCUCGGCUCACUGCACUGCAACCUCCACCUCUUUAGUUCAAGCAAUUCCCCUGUCUCAGCCUCCCGAGUAGCUGGGACUACAGGCACAUGUCACCACGCCUGGCUAAUUUUUUGUAUUUUUAGUAGAGAUGGGUUUCAUUGUGUUAGCCAGGAUGGUCUCGAUCUCCUGACCUCAUGAUCCACCCUCCACGGCCUCCCAAAGCGCUGGGAUUACAGGCGUGAGCCACUGUGCCUGGCCAGAAAAUGCAUUCUUUACAGCAAAUGUUACAGGUUAAGGAGACAGUUCCUGGGUUUAGCUGUGAAACUGUUUAGGAUUUUCUUUAAGUGGUGUUCCCAAGAGCUUUUUUAUGGUAAGUUGGAGGCUAUAGGCAAAGCGUCUAGGAGCUUGUUGUUUUUUGUUAUGGAAGGCCAACUUUGGGAUCUGUAUACAUGGGCAUGUUUCUCAAAGGAGUGGUCACAGGAUUGUCUUCUCAAAACUCUGCCUGAAACCUUUCUGGUGUGUUUUGUCUUCAACUUUUUCCUAGCUAUCCUAUUAGCCUGUAAAUAUGUCAGCAGACAAUGUGUUUGGAAGAAACAAGGUGUACAGCUUCACAAAGCAAGUUUUUCUGGUUUGAGACUUACUGUGUGCAGGAAAUCUCAUGAGAAUAUACUUAGAAAUUCACACUUAUCUGGAAAUUCAGUAAGUCAUAUUAAAAAUAUACAAUUUCUUGAACUCAGGACUAGCCUGAAAAUCCAAAAUGCAUGUAGAGUUGACAUGUUGACAUAUGUCUAUGUCCUCUGUUUUUUUUAAGCCUCAUUUAUUUCUCCCAUGCCAUGCCCAUUUGGGAUUUUCUUUGCCCAGCAUAUGUGCCAUAAACAGAACAAAUGGAUCCAGGGUAUACCUCUAAUAACCUUUAUCUAAAUAGAAUACAUUUAACCGGUCAAUUACAUGUAUAGAUUUAUCCUAAUUGGUUCAACGUAUAUAUGAAUGCUUGUAAUAGCCUGUUACUAUUUGAUAAUGCAUAAAUGUUGUAUUUAUAUACAGUUACAGCAGGCCAGAAACAUACAUACUCUGCAUCCUGUAAGGUCUGUAAAUCAGGGCUUUGGCAAUGCCAUUUUGCUAUAGACUCAUUCACGUUUUUUAGGAAUCAGAAUCAUUUCAGGAGAAAACCAACUAAGUAGACUUUAAUUCUUCUCUUUCUCGUUCUUUCCCUUUGAGAAACCCAAGUGGAAUCAUCACUUAAUUACUUACUCAAAUUCAAUGAAUCAAAUCCAGUCAGUGAGAAGAAUAGCUUAUCUUUCAAGGUAAUACUUUACCUUAGAUCUUUGAGGGCAUGCUUCCCACACAAAGAGCAUCAGAAAAUCAGGGCAAUCAUCUAGAUCUCAGAGAUCUUCAACAUAGGACUCUAGGUCAUGAGAGCUAAACCACAUAGCUAUCAGUUUCAGUUUUUACUUCCUAUUGAGUGUGUAGAAAUACAGCCUAUGGUUUUGCUGUCUGCAGAAGUUACCAUACCCUGUAAAAGACAAAUAUUUCUUUCUCCUCUCGAACCACUAGUCAGCCUGGAUAUUCAUGAAAGCUGAAAGAAGGGGUGCCAAAAUGCCUAGCUCCUGGAUUUAGACUCAUGGAACAUGAGAAAGGCUUAGGGAAAGUUCAAGUCAUGGGGAGAUUCCUGCUAGGUGAUGCCAGGAAUCCCAAUGACCUGUUGAUUAGAGGGUCUCUGGUCAUUUCCACUUGUGCGUGGAGAAAUAUGUCAUUUGCAUAUGUAUCUAGUCAAGAAGCUCUUUUGGAGCAAAGUGGUUGGGAAACUCAUUUACUGGGUCCACCAAAGGAAACCCCAUUCUGCCAUGUUUUUGCAAAUACUGCACGUCCCUUUGCUCUCAAUAGCAAAAGUUAUGUUAUAGUUUUUUACUUUUGUCAGAAUCAAGGCUUCGGCCACCUGUGCAAUAUUUUCCCAUGGAAUGCAGCAAUAAAUCCUGGUAGGUAUAUCCGUGCUCAGAGAGAAUUCUCCGUAGUUCUGACUCCUGAAAAACAAGUCUCAUCAGCUCUCAUCUAGUUUGAUGACUAAAAGUGCACAGGAGUUACACCCCAGUGGAAGUGAUUUUUCUCACCUAGCUGCUCUCUAACUCUUAGAGCUAUCUAGCUGUCUGAACUGCUGGUUUGUUUUACUUAUUCUCCAACUGAACUCAUUCCAAACCAAGAAAAAGGACCAAAUGAAAUUUUCAGUUAUUAUCAUACUUGCUCCUUGAAUAAGAAUGCUAGAGUCUGGAGGCAGAAGAAGACUAAGUUAAAGCAAACAGCCUGAAGGAAUUCUGGAGUGAGAGUUUUGUAAGUCUAGUUGUCAAAGAAGAUAAAUGGUCUCAGUAUCUGUAGUAAUUUCUGGUUAAGCCUAGAGGGAUCACUGAGUGUCAAUCCAAGCAGGUGGCACUAGAGGCGGAUUGCUCUCUUAGCGUAGAGUGAGUUUCCAGCUGCUCAUGACACAUUUUCUUAUGAUUUUCCCUAAAACAAAACCAAAUUUUCUACUCUUCCUCUUCCUUUCCUAUCAUUCCACUUAUUGUUGCUGCUUUGCUAACAGACAGCUUAGUAAGCCAUCACACAAGUUAGUGUGAGGCUUGGUUUUAAAAUAGAUAACAGAGAAUCUUGAUUAAAUAGUAUCCAACUUUGUAGCGUAACAGCUAAUUCAGGCAAUGACAUAGAGAUGAUAAGAAGCAACAUGGUUUGGUAGAGGGAACAUUUGAUUUAGACUCUGCCCAUUUUUAGCUGUAUGACUUAUGUAAGUCAUUUUGUGUCCAAGCCUCAUUUUCUCCCACAUGAAAAGUGAAGGGGUGGGAUUAAAUGAUUAAAAUCGCCUUCCAGCCCUGUGAGCCCAAUGUAUUAUGAUCUCUGCUUUGUUUCCUUCUUAAGAGGCUUCCUACUAUAAAAUGUGACCUAUUUACAUUUUAAGUUGAAGUAGCCCACAAUAAUGAAUAAUCAAUUUAGAUUUUUCUCAUCUCCUUUGGGAGAAAUUAAAUUCAAGCCUCUAUUCAUUUGAUGUUUUACAACAAGCUUGGAAGGUGGCCAUGUUCACUCACAGUUUGAUGUUUUGAGACACCAAUAAACAUUUUUUAACAAAAGUUCCCUUUACUUAAACUCACCUUCCUAAUAGAAGUAGUGAUUUGGCUCACGGAAUAAUGUUUCCAGAGUCAACAUGAGAGGACUGGAUGAACCUACAGCCUCACUCAAGCUGUUGCAUCCUUCCUGCUGUAGCAACAGAGCCCACUCUGAAUACCCAAAACACACAAUUUUCUCCAACAAUUCUAAUUGCCAACCCAGUAUGGGAAUUUGAGAGCCUUUGGCGAAUAACCUUGAUCACUCUUAUGAAAUUUGGUGCAACACUUGCACAAUCACGGCAACUGUCUGUAAAUAUCUUCUCUUCUCCGCCAGUAUGUAGACAUGCACACCCAUUCACAAGUAAGCCCACAAAUUCAUUUUCACACUUUCCUCUUGGUUUCUUUUUAUCAUGGGCAUCACAUUGCAGGAAGAGAUGCUCUAACUUACAAGAAUGGAAUUUUCUGACUAUCAUUGCCCUCUUCAAAGCCUGAUUAGUUUCUAGGGUGGAUGGGAUACAAUGCAUGGUCUACAAGGUGCAUGUCACCAGCCUUGAUCUUUAAACAACCUCUUGCACUUUCUGGCACCGCUGCACUGGCCCAUGGCUGACACCUCUGCUCUUUGUCCAAACUUCUCCUAAAUAGAGUAGUGUUGGUAUUUGUUGUGUUGUGAACUCCUUUAUUGCCAGAGACUUCAGCUCUUCAGGUUUGCAGGGGCAAGGUGUAGAGCUAGGACUGAAAGGACUGGCUUUUGUUUGUUGGCCGGCUUUUUCCAUUAGUGCAAAAAAUCUGAUGUAAGGGCAGCAAGAUAAACACAAUUUCUUCAUUGACCCAGAUAAGAACCUGUAGAAAAGUGAGAGAUGCCCCUAAGUUCCUAUUUCAUUUAUCCUAAAUAAUAUCCUGAAUAACUACUGAUCAUUUUUUUCUAUGUCCAGCCUUGCUUCACUUUCCAACCUCCAGGCCAAAUAUUCAUUUUGAUAUUUUACAAAAUCCUUCUGGUUUUUACACAGGGCCCUUUUGUGAUGAGAAUAAAACCUACUAUUGGAGCAGACCUCACUGCUUUGUAGAGUCAGCAGUUGAUCUAGAGAAUGGGUAGCAACAGGUCCUCAGUUUCUCUGGAGACACCCCCAAUCCUUGGGUGAGUGUUGAAACCUGACAACUGACUGUUAGCCUUGUCAUCAUCCUCACUGGAGAUGGAGAUGUUGCAGCCGGAGCCUCACUCCUUCUGGGGCACUGUUUCUUCUCAUGGCAACCAUUUUGCCUGCCUGGAAACAGCCUGUUGCCUUUGCUAGGGGGCAAAUACACACACUAGCCAAGGAAGUUGGUCCAGCACAUCUCUGAGGUUUCUCCCCCAUGGACCCAUGGAGCAAAUUCCCUGAGAUAUAUGAUCAGAAAGUUGGCUGUCUGGUGGUUUAAUACUCCAUAAGAGUUACUUCCCUUAUAGAAAGUCAUCCUUUGGCAUCUAGAUUUUUCUACAAAUCACCUUAACUCCCUUCCUUUCUCUUUCUCCUGGAAAACCUCAACAUUGCAUCUCCAUGUUGCACAACACAGAUCAGAUUAUCUGGUCACUCUAGAGAUUUGUAUAUAAAAAAACUACUUUUUUGAGGAUUUUGUAUAUUGUUUUUCUAUUUGUUUUCUACAGCUUGAGGAAAGAGCUGGCAAACUGUGAAUCUAACUUGAUCUUGUUGCCAGUAGAUAUAUUUUGGCUUCCUGGUAAGAGUCUGUAUUACCAGGGACAAUAUAUUGCCCUCUGAUCAGUAUUGCACCCUAAAUCCACAAAUUCCUCCAACCCAGUCUUACAUUUUUUUAAACAAAUCCCCUAGUUUGUUUGCUAUUAUUUAUAAAGAGCAUUAGAAAAUGUAUUUAUAGACCUGGAUAUUAUAUGUUUAAUAUUAAUUUAGCCUUUAAUAAUGUUAUAGGUUUGUAACUAUUCUUCAGAAAUUAUAAAGAACUCAGUGUAGACUGAAUUAAUCUAUUUAGUAUCUGUAAUUUUGCAGACAUAUUUUCUUACAGUAUUUUCUAUGUAACCACACAUGUAGAAUUAUAACUAAUUAGAGCACAAGAAGUUUCUUCAGCAAUUUAGAGCUACCAAUUGUUUCUUGACUGUAUAGUCACAUUUGACAAAUUUAAGAACCCAGUCUUUAGUGAUGCAAUAAACAAAAUGAACCAUUAAGAAUGAGGAAUUGCUUAAAUUCCUUAGCUGGUGAGGAUAUGCAUCUAAAUAAUUCAUCUUUUUAACUCAAGGAAUGGUGCUGAUUUUUAAAAUUUUUGACACCAGGCCUUGUUUUUCCAGCUGAGCAUUCUAAUUUUGCUUUUCUCUAAGACUAUCAAAGACAAGGUAUUAAUAGUAGGAUUAUUUCUAGGUCAGAAUGUUUCAUACCUUCCUAAAGGUUUAUGUGAAAAUUGGCUUAGGAAAAUUUUGAGUAGCAGAGACUGAGGAUGAGUGCUAGAGAUGAAAUCAGGACAGAUUUGUUGCAGUUAAUUCUUGCCAAGCAAAUUAGUGGUAAAUGUCACAUUGUUAUGUAAAUUGAGCACAUAUUUUUAAAGAAAGUUUAAAAAAAAUUUUAGAACCAACUAUGAGGCAAUACUGUAUCACUGGGGGCUGGAAGUGGGGGCUUAGAAUCAUGCUGAAAUUGUUUAGAAGCAGCCCAGGUAGUUUCUGUCCUCAGGUGAAUAACGGACUAUAUAACUUCCCCGAAAGGUAAAACAAUAGCCACUGCAAAGACGAGGUGUCUUCCUUCCACCAAAUACUUUCUGAGAUGGUGGUAGGACUAGUAUUUUUACCGUGGUUUAAAAAGUAGUCAGUUACAUAGAAAGUGUAUUGGUAUGUAUUUGAACCUGCUCUUCAUUAAACAAACAGAUUAGAUGUACCCUCAACUGGCAAUAAUUGUAUCUAUGUUCAAGUACAGCUAGCUGUCAAAGCAUGAAGCUCUUGUGUAUACACACUGACACUUGGUUCACGCAUGAAGAACAGUGCCUAUGCACUUUGUGUAGCUAUAAUGUAGGGAUCUAGGUGUAAUUUCAGUGAAAUGGUGUAUAGAUGUAUUGUAAUUUAAAUGUAUAUGUUAUUUUUGGCUAUUCAUCUAAAUGCAGUAGACAUGUUGAUCGGUGUUUUGCAAACAUUUCUUUUCCUUCUUAGAUAACUAGUCGUGAAUCAUUUCUCCUCUUUCUCAAUGUGGUUUGGGAAUAUAUAUGAGUGAAGAAUUUAUCUAUGAAUCCUUUGUACUGAUGAUUGUUUGAAAGUCUGUGUGUGUCCAGCACCUUUGUAAAUACACAAUUCAGAGCAGGGAUGGGCUGGGUGUGUGUCCUGGUUCUUAGUGAAAGAUCAUCUCAUGUCUGUUUAAUACAUGGUGAAUGCAACUGUGGAACUUUUGAUUACCUAGACUUAGGUAGGUUUAGAAUGAGAACAUCCACCUACAGUCCUCCUUUGCUUGGCGGAUUGGGCUCAGAGAGACAAAAAGUUAGUCUGCCCCUGUGCAUAUUAGCAUCACGUCUUUAGAGAAAGGUCAGCCUCUCUGGUUGCCAAAUACUCAUCAUGAUGCUCAUGACUUAAAGGUUCUGAGGAGCCGUGUCUCCCUUGGAUUUUUGAGUCAGGGUACAGGAAAAAACAUUGCUGACUAACUAACUGCAAAUGGACUGCAGGUGAAACCCUAUGAAAGCACAGUUCUGGCUAUAAACUUCACAGUUCUCUGUAAAAAACAUAGAGCACUAGAAGCACAGGAAUAGUGAGUGUACAGCUUAUGCGGUUGUAGAGGGGCAACUGAUGAACACAGGUCCCACAUAUAUGAGGGAGUAUGACCUUCUCUACCUAAUAUUUUCUGUGUGUAUGGUUUGAAUGAUUGAAGAUGGGAUUAACUAAUGCAAAUAUACAGUUGCCUCCUAAAACACACAUUCUGUAUAAUUAUCACUAAAUACAAUGCUGUGAGGUCUAUAGUUCCUGUAACCCCUUUCUUCUCCCCAAGGACAGAGAAGAACUAGCCAUGUGCUAUAGGGAACCCUGAGUGCCCUACUCUUUUCCCAAGAAGAGUAAAGCCUACCAUAUAAUCAGGGGGCAUGAAGCACAUUAAUUUGCAGUGGCUUCUUCAUAUGAGGAGAUACGGUGGACAGGCUAAUUUUUCCUUGAAAACGUGGCUUCUUCAACUCCUUUCAAAUUUAGGAUGGAAUACUUCCUGAAAUAAAACUGGGCUUUAUGCAGGAUUCUCUUUGAAAAUUCUUGUAUGUCCAGAACACAAGAUAAAAAUAAUUGUAUUCCUCACAUUCACAAUCCCCAUUGGUCUGAAGUCAUGUAGCACAGAGCAUCUAUAGCACAUAGUGUUUAAAGACUAAUGAAUGCAAAAAGAUAAAAUCUUCAACUAAUUUUUGAAUUGUUUCUCAUAUAUAGUACUAGAAAAUGCCUUGUUGAUGAAGCACAUUUUGGGUAGUUGAGGUCUUUUGUUUUCGCCUUUAGCUUUCUAAGCUUUCUUACAAUGUGGACUGAUUACUGUAACAUUUCAUGUGUAAAAUAACUGGAUAUUCUUUAUAUACUGGAAAUAACCUGGGAAUCCAAUAUUUCACCAAGUGUUUUAACUUUUGUGUAUAUAUCUCUCCUCAAUAAAUGUGGAUUUCAAUUUA